AAAAGGAAGUUCUAUCAAUAUUGUCUUUACCCUCUUGCGACUUCAUACUUACUAUGUUAGAUUGAUAAAAUCAUUGGUGCCGGUCGUUUUCUUUAGUUUAAGUGGUCCCUUCCCACUUCGUUGCGAAGAACGUUUGCUGUGAAACACUGCUACCAUGCUGCCAUCCCCGCAACAGAUUUGUUUUCCGAAAGAUGAAGCUGUUAAGGCUUACAUUCAAUAUAUUGGUGAAGAUGGUUUGCUAUGGGUAAAUCUGGCAUCUGAUCUUCAUAAGGUCGAAACUAUUACAAAUACCUUAAACAGCAUACCUCUUGACGAAAUGAAAGAAAGUCCAGCUGUGCAUGAAAUUGUUUGUGCUUUGCACAAUGACGACACCUGGUACAGGGCUUGUGUUUUGUCAACUGAACCUAAUUUUAAAGUUCAGUUUAUUGACUUUGGGGAUACACUUGACAUUCCUUUAUGCAAAUUGGCCCAACUCCCAGACACACUUGCAUACAUCCAACCUCUUGCUGUAAAAGUAAAGCUCCCACCAAGCACAACAGCUGAACCCUCUGUUGGCUCUAGCUUGCUUUUACAAUAUAUUGACUGCGUUGAAGGGACAGUGAUGGUAGAUGUUAUUCAUCCUGAUUCUGGAACAGUUGACACUGUUUCUUGUGAGGAGUUUGGUGAGACCCAAGAUUUUUCAAAUCAUCAGACUUAUUCAACUGCCUCAGAAAAUUCUAUUUUAUUAGACAAUGCAUCUGGACUAGGAUCUUGUAAUACAUACCAGACACAGAAUCAAUCUAGUCAGCAUGAACUUGAAUCAACAUCCACUUCUGUUAACAAUACUGUCUCAUGUUUCAAAGACGAGGAACAUUUGACUCUCAGUGAAGAGGACAAUGGGUUCUCAUAUACCACUGACCAGGCAACAGACCUGCUUGCAACCCCUUUUUUCGACGAAACAUUGACUCUUCAAUGUGGAGCUGAAGUUACUUCACAUUUACCUAAGUUGUCCAAUAGCAGUAAGAAUAUGAAUGUGGAAGAAUGCAACCUUGACUUGUCAUUUGAAGAUCGACCCAAAAGUGGGACUGUUGUGACCCCUCAGAGUAAUUCAUUCAUUACUGAUUAUCCUUAUUAUGUAGAACUAACAAGUGAUGAAAAAUGUGAUAGUCGGUCCAGAAGUGAUGGGGCAGUUAUUCCACAGUCUGAUGGUGAUGCUGAAGAUAAAGCUGGAGAGUCAUUACCCACACAUUAUAGUGAAGAAACAAUAUUUGCAGAAGAAUGCACCACUGCUUUGCCAUGUACAACUCAGCCAGAAUAUGAUGAACCUGACAUUUCACCAUCUGAUAGUGACGCCUCAUGCAAGGCUGGAGAGCCAUCAUCCACACACAAUAGUGAAGAAACAAUAGUUGCGGAGGAAUGCACCACUGCUUUGCCAUGUGCAACUCAGCCAGAAUAUGAUGAACCUGACAUUUCACCAUCUGAUAGUGACGCCUCAUGCAAGGCUGGAGAGCCAUCAUGCACAUACAAUAGUGAAGAAACAAUAGUUGCAGAAGAAUGCACCACUGCCUUGCCAUGUGCUACUCAGCCGGAAAAUCAUGCAUUGGACGUUCCACAGUCAGAUGAUGAUGCCUUUUUCAAGGCUGGAGAGCCAUCACCCACACAUGAUAAUGAAGAAACAAUAAAUGCCGAAGAAUGCACUACUGCCUUGCCAUGUGCAACUCAGCCAGAAUAUAAUGCAUUGGACAUCCCACAGUCAGAUGUGUGUUACAUCUCACAGUCCACUGAUGACGCCUCAUGCAAGGCUGGAGAGUCAUCAUCCAUAUUCAACAUUGAAGAAACAAUAGUUGCAGAAGAAUGCACCACUGCUUUGCCAUGUGCAACUCAGCCAGAAUAUGAUGAACCUGACAUUUCACCAUCUGAUAGUGAUGCCUCAUGCAAGGCUGGAGAGCCAUCAUCCACAUACAAUAGUGAAGAAACAAUAGUUGCGGAAGAAUGCACCACUGCCUUGCCAUGUGCUACUCAGCCGGAAAAUCAUGCAUUGGACGUCCCACAGUCAGAUGAUGAUGCCAUUUUCAAGGCUGGAGAGCCAUCACCCACACAUGCUAAUGAAGAAACAAUAAAUGCCGAAGAAUGCACUACUGCCUUGCCAUGUGCAACUCGCCCAGAAUAUAAUGCAUUGGACAUCCCACAGUCAGAUGUGUGUGACAUCUCACAGUCUAAUGAUGACGCCUCAUGCAAGCCUGGAGAGCCAUCAUCCAUAUACAAUAGUGAAGAAACAAUAGUUGCAGAAGAAUGCACCACUGCUUUGCCAUAUACAACUCAGCCAGAAUAUGAUGCAUCUGAUAUCUCACAGUCUAAUGAUGACGCCCCAUGCAAGGCUGGAGAGCAAUCACCCACACAUGAUAAUGAAGAAACAAUAAAUCCAGAAGAAUGCUCUGCUGCUCUGUCGUGCGGAACUCAAUCAGAACAUGAUGCUACUGCCAGUCCUCAGUCCAAUGAUGGGGCCCCAUGCAACGCUGGAGAACUGUCUCCUAAGUAUGGUUAUGAAAAGCUAACAAAUGCAGAAGAAUGCACUGCUCCCAGAACUGUAAAUCAGCCAGAAAAUCAUGCAUCAGUUGUUGCACAGCCUGAUAAUGUCUCAGGCAGAGCUGGAGAGCUAUCAACUUCUUAUGUUAAUCUAAAGCUGAAUUCUGAAGUAUGCACCGCUGUUCUGUCAGUUGUAAAUGAGCAAGGAAAUAAUACAUCUGUCAUUCCCUUAUGCGAAGCUGAAGAGCUUUCACCUACAUAUGAAGAUGAGCUGAUAAAUGCCGAAGACUGCUCUGCAGCUCUGUCCUGGACAAAUGUCUUAUUCAAAUCUGAAGAUCCAGUUAUUCCUACACCUUCAUAUGAUGUGAGGCUAAUUAAUAAUGACAAAAACAAUCUUGGCUUGCGUUCUACAGAUCUGCUCAGUGACCAGUCUGUCAUGACAAAUGCAGAUGCUGCUCUUGUUGUAUGUGAAGCUCUUGAGUCAAGUAUUCCACCACUGAAAUAUAAUGAUGUGGUUAUCAAUCCUGACAAAGGCAAUCCUGCCCCAUCAUGUGUAAAUUAUCCAGAAUCUGGUAUGAAAUGUAAAGUUGUGGAAGAAAAUAAUAUAUCUCCUCCCUAUGGCCAAGAUCUUAUUGGUACUGACAAUGGAAAAAGUCCUAACAGACAGUCGAAGAAUAUAACAGUAUCUGGAAUUAAUGAGCAUUCUCUUCAGAAGCAAAAACCAUGCAAACCAGCGAAUUUGGAAUCAACGGAUGUGUCACUCCCCUCUCCUAAAGAUGCCUUUAAAGACAGAUACAAUCUCCCUUCCAAUUCCUCAAAUAUUAAUGAUUCCAACAUGCAUCGCCAACAGAAACCCAGAUUAAUUACAAAGGGGCGCACAACGGAUACAUGUAGCAAUGUACUUACAAAAGAUUCUAUGCAGUCAGCUAGAAUUCCAUCUUCAGUGAUGGCUGUCCCAACCAAGGCUGUAUCUAAUUCUUUUCAGGAAUUGAAGUCGAUUCUUGAAUUAGAGUUAUCAAUUGUGAGGGAACAAAACAGACUUGAAAUGUUGGCACUUCAGAAAAAAACGGAGCAAAAUUUAGCCAAUCAGAUUGACACUAUCAAGAUGGAGGUGUCAAGGCAGCUUCAGGCGCUCUUCCAUGAAGUCAACAACAGGCUUCAGUCCCUCCAUGAUUCUAUGGUACAUAAAUUGGCUGAAAUGUAUUCAGAUAUCAGUUUGCUGAAGAAUGAGUUGGAAGCUGGUGAAAAAAAUACCAAAUCAUCUGCAAAACAUUCUGGGAAAAAGCAUCAGCCCAUAGACACCCAGAACACUUCUAUUGCUAAAGAUUUGUUUUGGAACAGUCAGCAUCACUACCCUGUAGAGCUUGGUGCUCAAUUUGGAAAUAAUUAUUAUUUGAGCUCACAGAAACACAAUGCACCCUCUUCCAGUUUUCAAGGAGAAGGAAAGAGUGGUGUAAACCAGCCAAUGGUGCACAGCAAUGAUAAGAUGUUAGAAACGCCAAAAAGUGACCAGUUUUCAGCAGGAACUGCUAUCUGUCAUCCUAGCUUGAAUCAAAAUAAUUAUCAACACCACUCCACCUAUCCAAAGAUGGAUCACAUUGAAACUGGGCAAGGUGUUCAGGAUGCUGCCACAAACAAACCUCAAUCUAGAAUAGUUUCUGUAACCAACUUAAAUACUCAGAAAAUUAACCCAAACCAUCUCUUCAAUCUGUUCGGAGUCUAUGGUAAAGUAUGUCUGGUGAAGAUCAACACAGCCCAACACAAAGCUUAUAUUGAAAUGGCUGAUGCAAAUCAAGCCAGAGAGGCAAUUUGUCAUCUGAACAGUGUUCCUUUGAUGGGGCGGAGGUUGCGUGUAGUGCCUUGCAAAUUUGACAAACUUCAUUUAAAACGAGAAGACUUUCAAAACGAUAUGUGUAAGGACUUUACUAAAUCUCCUCAACAUAAUAAAUCUCAGCGAACAAGGUUUCAAAAGAUACCCCCAAGUAAUACUCUUCAGAUAUUCAACAUUCUAAACACAGUGUCACAGGAUAAACUUAAGGAGGUGUUCUGUAAGGGUGGCCAUCCUAUGAAGAGCUUAAGAAUGGUGAAGCUCAAUGAUGAGAAGAGCAAGGCCUACGCUGAAUUCGGCUCUGUAGAAGAGGCUGUGAAUGCAUUAACAGUCAUGCACCUCCAAGAAACAACCGAUUGGGUGAGAAUGUUUAUUGCUUUUUCAAGAGGAAAUUAAGGUAUCAUUUUUUAUUUUUUUAUUAUUAUUAGAGCAGUGCACUGUGUCAAGUUCUAUUUUCCUUUCCUUUUGUUAUGUUUGCACAUUGUGAAAUGCUCAAGAGUGCUUUUACUCUUUUUUCUUUAAUGUACUGAGCAGGUAAACUAAGUGCAUGUAUGAAUUUAAAAUCAUGAAUGUAUGUUCAUCUUGUAAUUGUGGAAAUAAAUUGUUACAUACUUCAGUAACACAA